UGUAAUCCAUAUUUCCGUAGAUUUCCAUGAAAAGGUCUCGCGGUGUAAUUUUACCUGGCUUUCUAAGUUGGUGUUGAGUCCGUUUUUUAGACCAAAUUUAACAGGGGCACCCGGCACGGACUGUUUUCUGUAAUGUUCGGAGGAGCAAAUUAUUGCCUAGAAUUUUCUUUUGCUUAAGGACGGCUAAAAAUUUUUAAUAGGUGAACGUUCCUUUCAUGUACAAUUUUCGAAGCUUAUCCAAUAAAUUCCCUACGAUUCUCAGAAGUUUAAUUUUUCAUAUUUCACUACCCAGGUUAGACUAUUUUUCAUAGAAAAAGGAAACCUAAAAUUUCUGGUUUCUAAAAUGUGAUGGAGAGAGGAAUCAGAAAAAUUCUUACUUUCGUAAAACGUUAAAUUGCACCAAGAGCCAUGUUGAUUGCACCUAAAAUUUUCGGAAAAAUAAUACUGAAGCCCUUGUAGUUUAAAAUUUCGAAAAGACUUAAGUUCGCCUAGGAUGACCGAACAGAUAAAACGUUUGUAGCGCCGCUUAGAAUGCAUUUCUAGAGAUGUAAAAAUACUUUGCAUAGCCUUAAAAGUGUUUUCAACGUAUUUUGGAGGAAACCGUCUUUGGGUGCCCCUGAUUUAAGAUUUCAUAGCUUAUUUAUCCAUGACCUCACGUUAAUUACUCCAAGGAGAGUGGAGCAAAUUGAUAAUACUUAAAUAAUAGACACCUCCCCCUUCUUCUUACUUUACUUGGUAAAUUUUUAACACCAUUAGCUGCAGACUUUUUUUUGUGCGUGGGUCGCCAUUUACCGGCUAACGUUGAUGUUACUUUGUAACUUCUCCAUUAAUUCAUCUCAUUCAGGGAAAGAUCGAACUGUUAAGGCGGGAAUCGACUACCCGGGGAAGGGAAUCGACGACCGAAGGAAGCGGUACUUUGAAGACUGGAAAACAAAGCCUAGUCGUGAUGAGGGACCAAAACAAUGGCAAGGUUUGAAGAUGCCCGGUAUGAAGAGACCCCAUUCCCCUGACAUGGUGCCCCAAGCCCGCUGGUGCGUCACAAACCCGAGUGAAAUGAAAAAGUGCAAGAGAAUGACGACCGAAUUCAACUACAUGCUGCAAUCAGGGCUGAAAUGGGGUUGCGUGAUGAAGGGCUGCAAGGAGGAAUGCAUGAAAGAGAUUAAACGAGGCCGUGCAGACAUCAUGACGGCCGAGGGAGAAGAGAUUUACAAGGCUGGGAAGGUGUACGGUCUUAUUCCGAUCAUGUCAGAAAAAGAAGACCACAGCUCCAUUCAAGAUUACAAUUCCAAAUUUUCCGGUUUUGAAGACGCGUAUGGUCGCCUUAAGCACUACUCCAUAGCCUUAGUCAAGAAGACUGACACCCACAUCAAUGGCUUUAAAGACCUGAAGGAUCGAAAAUCCUGCCAUUCAGGCGUAGACAUAACGGCCAGCUUCAAAUCUCCGAUGUGUUCUCUCAUCAACAAAGACGUGAUCCCGAAAGUUGGGAACGUGUACGAAAGCGUGGCAGAGUUUUUCAAAGAGAGCUGUGUCCCAGGGGUUCAACAUGAAGAAUUUAAUCCAAACAUGACGAAUCCAGGAUCAUUGUGCAAACUAUGUCAAGGUAGGUCAAAAUGAAAUUUUUCAAUCCCCUCUUAGUUUUUUUUUUUUCAGUAAAAAAAUUGAAAUCAGCGUAAUAUUAUUAUUAUUAUUAUUAUAAAUACCAUCAUCAUCAUAUGAAAUCCUAUUUUGCUUAUUCACGAUCAAGAAAAAACAGUAACAAAAUCUUGACCUUUAUAAUAGAAUGCCAAAAAAAUAAUUACAUCACUUAAUUGUCUCGUUUUUCUCAUGUCGGAAAGUGACAUGUUACUAUUUUGGAUGUAAUAUAGUAAUGUAAUACAUAGUUAUUCUACUUCAUUUAAUAGUCUUUUACUGAAUACAUAUCGCUGUUACGUAAAUUGCUAAAACUUAAUUCAAGCGAUAAUGUUUUUUGAGAAGCCAGAAACGUUUCGUAUUACAUGACACGGACGGUCUUUGAGUCGUUUUGGACUACAGAUGGGUGAGAAAAAAGAGAAAAAUGUUUUAUAUGUUUUGUUUACUCUGUUGCUGGAAAAUGUAGAGUCUUGGAAAUGUGGUCAGUCGUGUUUGUCUGUAGUGGCUGAGUUUUGUCAUUUUUUCACUCCGCUCUCAUAGCUUGAAUUGUCUACGGGUAUGCACCCCUCCCCGCUUUUUUAAACGGCUUAACAGACCAGUGAGUGUUUCAUAAACCGAGUGGUAUAACGCAGAAUCUUAAUCUCUCCCUCCGCCUCCUCUUUUUUUUCCAGACUUAAAAAAAGAAAAACACACAGACACGUACAGAGCGAAAAAAUUCGGGCUUUAUAGUAUUCACGGUCAAAUUUUACCCUGGUGAUAGGGACUUGAAUUGUCAUCGUAAAAAUGACAAACUGCGCACACAAAAACAAAACGAGAAAAAGCAAAAAAAAAACCAACAAAAUUGGUUUUUAAAGCAUCCAUGGUCAAAGGUUACUUCACGUUUCCACCGAAUUGUUAAAGUAAACAGGGCCACCCAACGUCAAUUUUCGGAAAAUAUCUGUUCGGAAGACGAUUUGAGAUCUAGAAUGUUUGGAACAUUUGUUGUAAAAUUUCUUGCUUGCCGGCCUCUCCUAGGAUUUUCGAACAUCUAAAAAGGGUAUAAUUACCCAUUUUUAACGGAUUUUUACCCUAAAAAGGUCACCUAUAAUUUUCGGGAGCCCUUUUUCUGGCUGCAAUUUUCGAAAAGGUAAGUUUUGAUUCCUAUAAUUUUCGGAUCACUAGACUUUCAGCUAGGAAAUCCGAACAGAUGAAAAAUUUUUAGGGGAUAAAAAUAUGCCUAUAUCUAGCGUUAAAAUACUAAACUACGUUUAACAAUGCUAUGUUUAAGUGGUUUUGAACUAUAUUUCCGUUGGGUGCGCCUGACGCAAAAUUUUAUUUUGGCAAACUUCGUACCACGGAAAUGAAAGUUCAUUUUUGUGUAGGUCACGUUGUGAUUAACCAGUUUGGACGCGUUCGAAUUAUUGGUGCGGAUACUCUCAACUUCGAUAUCUUAAUUAGCAAAGUAGUAACCUUUAAACUGUAAGGUAAGAUUACCAGGGGACACGUAUAAAGAAAUAUUAAGGGCAUAUACAACAAAGAUAGCUAGUAAAUGAUCGGGAAACAGAACGGACUCGCGUGUCACUACCUGCUCCAAGGUUAUCGUUCGUACCUGAAGAAAAUCGAAACAGAGUCAUGAAUGAAACAAGUUAUAUUUUUCCGGAGUUACAGAGUGAACAUCUUUUAAGAAAACAAUUUGGUUCCGGUUUGCAGGAUAAAAGUAAUCUUCUGUAAUCUGCCUAUUACGUGUAGAAGAUUUUGAUUUUUUGUUCUCUUGCUAAUAAAUUCUUCCGGACUCCGAGUCUUUAAUCCAGCUUGAAGAAGAGUUAUUAACUUAUUAACUCUCAAAAACCACCAAAUGCUGCGGAAAAGGUAGAUUAAACAAAGAAAGUAGAAAACAAAAUAAAACUUAAAACUAGUGAUCAAUUAAAAGAAGAAAGAAAAAUAUUGCUUUAAGCGCCCUCCCCAAUUUCUGAAUCAUCUGGAUUUUAAAGCGAUAGAAAUUGCCGGCGGAGUGCAGCUUGGCCCGUAGGGAUUGAUUCGAUUAUAUAUCCAUUAAUUCAUUAUUUAUUUACCUAUGAACAAAGUGACUAUCUUCCUUGCACAAGUUUAAAUAUAGUUCUUUUUCUUUAAUGAGCAUUAAUUUAUUUUUUAUGGAGCUCAACUUGCUGCGUACUUUAUGACAAAUGGUUUUUCCCUCAUGUGUUUUGCCACGGAAGUCCGACGAAAUCAAUAGUAUCAUGCGAAAGCUCUGCCAAAUCAGCGUUCAUUUGCUUGGCAAAACCAUAUAGGAUUUUGUUCUCAGAUUUAAAGGCUACAAUUAGAUUGACAUGUUAUGUUAAGUGUCAAAAUAUCUAGCACGAAUUGGAGAGCUAGUUAUUGAGAAUACCAAAAAGGGUUUAUAUCCCUUUGUUGGAGUGUUUCGGUGUGGCCCUUUUGCCGAGAUAAUUUUUGCGUGCUCGUUUGAGAUCUCGCGAGCCUCGCACGCCCGUAGGGCGUGUGAAGCGAGAGAAAAAAACCCGUAUUUUACGUGUCUCUCCCCAGUCUCACUCUCUCUUUUCAGCUUCGUUCAAGACCUUUUGUUUGACUGCUCGCGCGUACUUCAAUACGCAAAAAUACGGGCUGUUUUGCAGUCUACAAACUGGUGCGCAAGGGGUUGCAAGGGGCUUACAUUCUUAGUCUCAGAACGUCCUCUUCCCAGGCCUUCUCGGUCAAUGUAUCUCUGUAAAUGUUUUUUUUGGUUCCAGCAUUAGGCUAAGAGAAAAAGCCACUGUCCAAACAUAAUGCCCUAACCACCCCCUCCCCCCCCCACCGUCCAAAGUGAAAUGUUCGGUCCUAAUAAGGAUCAUGGAAUAAGAUGGGGGACUGGCAAAGCAAUGUUUUCCAUGCUUUUAAGGCCGCGGGGGACACCUAUGUAUGAAUAAAUUCAUAAGACAAAAUGUUUGCUUUGCUACAUCUGUUAAAACGCUUAUAUCUCGGCUGUUUUAGGGGCUAUUUGGAUAAAAUUUUGCAGGCAUAUUGAAAUGAUAGGAAUUUAGGAGGUUUAUUUUUUAUUUGGUAGAUUGCGCUUUGCAGCGAUGCUUUAAGCCACAGCUGUACCACAAAUGGGAAAUAGUGUUCAAGUUUGCGGAAAGAAUAGAAGCUAAAAGACAGCACUCUGUGAUUUUAUUUUAAAAAUGAUCAGUUAAGAUCUCUAGUGUCAUGAAUUAAGCAGAUUUUGUAAUUUAAAGUCUACCAGCAAGAUAUAAUCGUUUAAAUAAACAAAAUCUGUCAUCCCUUAAAUAAAUGCCUUACAUCUUUUUAUAAAAGUGCUAUUUUAGGAUUCAGUUCGAUACAUAACACACUACAGUCUACCAAAUUUACCCCUCUCCAGUGCCAGCUGGUGACGUGAAUUCUUGGACACAAAAUUGUCGGAAAAGUCAAAUUUUGAGACUCCCCAAGGUGUCCCGACUAAAGCACGAGUUUCAAGCAAUGUUUUGAAGGAUUUUUGAGGCGAAAAAAUAACGUACAAAGAGUUUUGAUAUUAAAUUUGAAAUUUCUAAAGAUUUCCUCAUUGUUAUUUCCAUAUUAUUAUUAUUAUUAUUAUUAUUAUUAUUAUUAUUAUUAUUAUUAUUAUUAUUAUUACCCCACACGUGCGCGUGAACAAUUGAAAUAUGCGCUCAUCUCGCAAACCUAUCGAUAUCAGUCGUUGUUCUUCGUGCGUACGCUUUAAAUAAAUGCAUAACAAAAAAGACCCCAAAGUUCCCCGGCGACCUUAACUCACGCUGAUUCCUUGUGUAACCCAAAGGGUCACACGAUGAUGAGGAUUUUUGCGAGACCCUGUCGGUCAAGGAAGAAUACUACGGCUUCAAUGGCGCAAAGGAUUGCCUUAGCAAGGGGCAAGGAGAUGUUGGGUUCUUCCACACCUAUGAUGUCAUCAUGAACUUCGAAUCUCUCUCAAAAGAAUUCAAGAUCCUGUGCGAAAAGAAGAAACUGGAGCUGACUCCGAGCAAUGUUUUUACAAAGUCCUCUUGUCAUUUGGCAGUGGAACACCCUCAGGUAUGCUCCAACACUUUGCAUUGGUUUUGCAAUGAGAACAAUAAACACUUAAUGACUGUUCCCGAGGGAAAAAGUUAAUUUUGUUUCACGAGAAUCUCAAUUUUUUUGCGAGGCGAAGUUAUAGUCGCGUCGUUGAAUCUUUAAGUCCCCAAUUUUUCCCAUCAGCGCGCAUUCCCAUUGGUAACCUCAAGGUCACAUGACAUCUAUCAAUCAAACUGUUUCCCGCCAAAAUCUCAUAGCGGGCAAAAUUGCAAAAUCCAUGACGUCAGAGGGUAACAGUGCGCUGUUGCCUGCGAAUGUUGACUGACGACCGCCGUUAUGCCGAAUCUCACGGCGUAAACAUUGAGAUUCUUUGAGUCAUGGGAAAGGUGUCAAAAGGCAGGUUCCUUGGGCCCGAUAAGCUCCAAAAUCACACUAACGAAGGAAAAAGAAUGGAAAAAAGAAAGAGCCAGGAGGAAGAAAGGAGGAGAAGAGAAAAAAAAACAAUGGUUGCACUCUUAGUUUUUAUAACGGCCGCUUUGGAAUUUUUGGCGGAAAAAAGCCGUUGGACACAAAGGGCCCAUUUGGCGGUAACGUUUUCAAAAAUCCGGCUACAUAUUAUAUUUAUACAUUUUUUUUUUUGCCAGGUGUUGAUGGUCUCUUCUCACAAGCCCGAAGACUGGAUCACGAACUGCACCAAUGCCCUCAAAAACGCCUCCACUCUUUUCUCGUCAUCAGUCUCAGUGAACGCGUUCAGCUUGUUUGAAUCCGCUCCAUAUUGCGCCAAGAGGAUGGGUGAUGAUGGCAGCGAGGAUGACAAGUUGCAGGACAUGGACCGGAUAAAGAACAAGGAUCUCAUUUUCAAGGAUCACAGUGGCUCCCUGGAGACCAUACCUAAAGUAAGUUAAUUAGCAAUUUAACUUCUGUUUAACGUUUAGAUGUACAUUUCCUAUGCUGAUAAGAAAGGAGAGUAUAGUGCACGUUAUGGUUUUUAUCUUUUCUCCGCUACCCUUUGUAAGAGCUUAGAAUGCGAUGGAAGACGUUUAGGAUUCGAUCCAGACAACAGCAAAUCAGAACCUUUUAGGAAAAAAAACGUAUAAAGGAAAGGUGCACUAGGAGCCACUGGCUUGGUUUUUGUCGCGUUAAGCUUCUAAAAGAAUAAGAGUAAGGGCUUCCCCCUAGGUGGAGAUGUUAUUCUAUCGCAAGUUUAGCCCCGGUAGAAUGUUCCCGGUAUCCAUUUAUACACCCCGACCCAGUUGUUCGAACACUGGCUAGCGCUGACUCAGGGUUAAAUUUUAACCUGGGUUUCUUUUUAUCAAAAGCACUUUCUCGGUAAUUUCCCCUAUUCUUUUCAGAAUAUCGAAUCAUCAAAUUGUAGGCAAAGAGAAUUAAACUGAAUUUGCUUUUUAAGCUCUCAUAUCUGAGUUCAAAUUCCGCACUAACUCUGGGUUAUCUUAACCCAGCUUUGAACAACCCGGCCCUGGGUAAACUGCCUCUCAUCGCCAGAGGUUUUCAGCUGUGGUGAGCGAUAAGAGGAGCGUGUAUUCGCAAGAUAACAUCUGAGUAAAAAGGGAAAACGUAGAGCAAAGUUUCCCGUUUAGGGACGUUUUCGUCAUUCAUCUUCUUGUAUCAUAAAUGUAGAACUCGUGGUCCAGGAACUAACAGAAUGAUCAUGUGAGGAGAUGGAGCAUACCUUCAAAUAAAGAACACUUUAUACGCUAGCUGCUGCUCUGCUCGCAAUCCAUCCGAGAUUUUUGUGCACAUUUCCUUUGAUAUUUGACCACGCUUCUCAAACAUUUUUUUUUUACUUUGUUCAUCGAGGUAAAAUUAAAAUCUCGGCAGAAGCCAUGGGUCACUGUUCCGUCCUAUAAAAUUUUUGCUGAAAUCUAGUCACAGGGGCUUAGAUUCUGGGAGAGGGGCACUUACAUAUAAAAAGUAAAAUAAAUUUCAAAUGUUUUACUUUCAGGAAAAGCGAACUCACGAGAAAUACCUUACGAAGGAUACAGAGAACAUCUGGAAGACAUGUGAACAACUUGAGCCUAAGCCUCGCGCGUUCUUCUGCGUCGUCGGAAAAGAUGAAAUGGAGAAGUGUAAAGAUAUGAUCGAGCACUUCGAGACCAUAGAUGGUGGGUAAAGAUCAAACAAACUGAGUAACCACAUGCAUUGUAAAACGAAAGCAUGCUUGAAUUCUGUCAGACAGAAGGUUCAAAAUCGUGACUUUUGUCACUAUUUUGACUUUAGAAUUUUCUCAGCGUUCCACCAAAAAUCAGCUUGAUUCCAAAAUCCGUUCGUCUUGAGAGCAUGAUGUUGAGGUUCAAACCAUUUAACAUUUUGACCAUAGGCAAUUAUGAGGGGCUUCUAUUUUCUUACCGAGUCGAUUUAAAAUGGCCGUAAGUAUUCGAAAGAUUCAAAAUGUACCUGGUGUCAGAGUUGAAUCUUUGUGUAUAUCUCUUUACAGGAGUCAAAAACAUUUCCUGGGGCUGUGUCGAAGCACCUUGUAAGAAAGAAUGCACUGAAAUGAUUGCAAAGAACGUGGCAGACCUGGUUUACCUCAAUGCUACGGAAAUGUUCACCGCAGGAAGAGAGUAUAACUUGGCUCCCAUCAUUGGGCAGAACAAGAAGAAGUAAGUAUACAUCAGUGCUGUGAAGAAAUGCCUUCUCGGUCCGAGAUUGGGACGUUAUUGGCCAUUAUCGGAAGGUUUUUGGGUACCAAUAGGGGAAAUUUGAAUAUAACUGAAAUCACUUAAGGAAGACUGCGUGAGAUUCCUUUGCGCGGUUUAUUCUUUCUGGAGCUGUGGUAGCAAACCAAAAAAAAGCUAUAAACGACCCCUAUAAAAAUAAGGCUUUUGAACAAUCUGAUAGAAUUUGGCUGUAACUGACCGGUGAUAAUAAAAAUAGUUUCAAUAUGGCAAGAAACUAAAAAAGAUAACAGUAAAGAAGAUACCAGUCCGGAUCUAUUACCACUCAAGCCCCAAAAACUUUCACUAAAAAAUCAGCUAGAAUGAAUGCUGUCGACAAAACAUUCUUUGCAAAUCAUUUUCAGGGUAAAGAUGUUUUAGGCGGAAAUGCACACAAAUUAAAUGAUGACGACAUUUGGGGGAAGAAAACAUUUGUAAGCUUGGACGAAAUACAGUCAGUCGAACCUCCACUUAUUGACACCUCCAAUAGGCUUACACAUAAUCCUGGUCCCAGCGAAAUACAGAAACUGCAUUGGUCCUUAAGUGGGAUAGAUGUUAAGCGGGCCUUUCUUCCGGGAACCAAACAGGGUCCGCUUACAACAGCUCAGUUCUUCUGCUUAAAAACGACAUAUCUAUAGAAUAAGCUGAAAGGAAUUUAAAAGCCAGUAUUACCAAGUUAAAAAGAAGUUGGGAAAAGUUAUGUGAUUGUAUAGCUUUAUUAAGUAAUAUCUGUCAUUCACAGCAUAAGCGACCCAUGGACAGAAAGUAUUACCAUCGGUGUGAUGCUCAAAGACAGUAGUGACCUCUCAGAAGACAUGCGCGGAUGGAAGAUGUGUAACGCAGGCGUCCAUAAGAUCAGCGGAUUCCUUCAUCCUAUGGGUUGGCUUAUGGCAAAUGGCACAAUGAAACGAAUGGGCUCACCUUUGAAAUCAAUUGCGUAAGUUUCAUUCUUCGUGGUUAUAUAAUAUUUGACCAGGCCACCGUUAAGUGUUUUAAAUAGUUUAGUGGUAUUCAGUGUAUAAGUUGUACGGAAACCAAUUGCGUUAUCCACUAGCUGGAUAGUGGCUUAUUCAAGCUCCUGCCAGUUGAUAGUGCUGUGUUUUAGCCAUUUUAAACAACUUGGGACAGAGAUGGCGGUUAUUAACACUUUAAACCCUAAGAUCAAAAUUUGAAUUCUCAUUUAUUGCCCCAUUCACUUCCUAAAGAAGUAGCGUGGAGAAGAUGAUAAAAUAUCAAGCAAAUUCAUCUUGUGUGAUCAUGUCCGUAAUUCUCAUGACCACUCUGUUUUACAAAGCAUUGAUAUUACAAGGAGAAAUUUGAAGCUCAUGAUCACUCUUAGGGCUUAAAGGGUUCAUCAUCAUGAUUAUCUCGUUUCUUUCUAUAUAGAAAGGUCCUCAUUCUCGGAACUGUUCCCUUGCCUCUCACUCUCGGAUAAGUUGGUGGUCGCAAGUCUAACAGGCGACUCCGCCUAAAGUCUUGAUGUCUACCGGGCCUUUCUAAAAAAUAUGUCAAGAAAAACGGCCUUUGAAAAGCCAAAAGCAAAUGACGUGCUAAAAUGGUCAAUCAUGGGAUCUAAAAUGGAAAACAAAUAUAGUUUAUUAUCUCUAUACCAUUUCGAUACCACUAAGGCACUGAUUAGCAUUGCCUUGAAAUUUGCAGGCAUCACUUUGACAAAAGCUGUGUCCCUGGAGUGAACACAUUGGAUCUUACCAACCAAACGCUUUUGUCGCUUACAAUGGAUUGGAUAUCUCUACUGCGAGAGAAGGACGUCCAUUGGGAGAAGUUUUACAAAACUCCUUUGUGGCGAAAGUGGCAAGACAAACAGACUGGAAAUGGUGACGAAUACGAAUCAGUGCAUAAGGUGCAAGACUUUGAUUCCCCGCUGUUCCAGAAGAUGAUCCAAAUGAUGAAGUCAGAGCAUCCAAGCAUGCAUAAGUACCACACACCUGAGGUUCACGAGGCACUAGAAAAGGUAAUUAGGAAAGACGCAACAUGCCGAGUGCGUUGUAUAGUCAGCACACGGGUACUUUUAAAAACGCAAGAGAAGUACCGAGCGCUGAGGUGCAAGUGAAACCGUACUUUUCUGAACGACGAAACAUUCUCGUCCAACAUCGUGUAUAAGGGACGCUUUUGACCGCUUAACUGCCGGUCUCAACAUUGACAUUAUAACGCAUGUUAUAUCAGGUUUUAAAGAAGAUUAAACUAUGAGGGCGUGUUUAGAUCUUUUCCAUGACUGACUGAUAAAACUAUUUUCAAGGUCAUACGAAACCGCUCUAUCAAUAUAUCUAAAAUACUUGGAUUUUUACUGUCAGAGAAUCUAGGAUACUUGGAUAACCUGUACAAAAUAGACCCAGCUCAAAUGUUCUGCAUCGAUGUGCCUUUCCAACUGAUGAAUUGGAUACUGCAAAACAACGGUGAUUGAGUCAUUGUAGAUCUUCAGUAAGUUAAAGCUUCAUUCAGUUGGUGCGGCACAAAAGCGUUAGUUCUACAGAGGGUGAGAAAAUAUCUGACACUCCAGAGUGGCAGUUGAUUCUUACGACUCUCUCCGGCUAGAGUGCUAGACCAAAUUCAGACUGAUUCAGUUGUCCCCUACACAGUUAACUCUUGUGUAACUAGGUUGUACUAUGACCGGCACGACGUUUAACCAGAGCCUAAGCUUUUUUCUCGAUUUUUUUAAAGCUUAAAAAGGACUUCUCCUGGGACAACUAUGAAGGCAUCAAAGAUUUCUGUAGCAUGAAAGUACCUAAAUGGGAAUUGGUUAGCUGGGCGUUUCAGAUGCCAGAGGGCUGGAUCGAGGAGGAAUGGCACAUGUUCAUGGGGUGGGCUGAGCAUCGGUGGAAUGAAAAUGAAAACUGCGGACAAUACGCUAAGGAUUGGACUAACAACGACUGGACGAUAUUCAAGUCCUGGAUGGAUACAGAGUUCACUGAUUACAAGCAAUCAAGGAAGUCAGGAUUGCAAUCAAAUCACAAGCCACUACAUCAGGACACCUUCAUCAGGUAAACUGGAAACAUAGUUUGCUGCUUCAGACUUUAUAGGACAUAGAUUGGCUCAACAGCUAAGAGUGACUAAAGGAUACGCUGUAGGAAAAAAGCAUUAAAUACAGUGUACUUUAAAUUGUACUUUUCUAGCCUUCAGAUCUGGAAAAGAUGAGGUCGAGUUUCUCAAUCACUUGUUUUACUGAGCAGUUGCUAAAAAACUUUGUCGACAGCUAAGAGGGACGUUAUCACUCAGUCUGUAGUUCUUAGCCGUAUAUAUUUCGUUUUAGUAUAUACUAAAACAGUGGAUAGUGUUUUUCGGGCGCUCUGAUUGGCUACUCAAUCAGUGAAUAUCCUGCACUAUUCACUGAUUCACCUCCAGCGACGCCAAGCUCGCGUAGGUUGCGAGCAAAAUGCUUUCCCGGUUAGCUGCCGUAACAAACUAAGAAAUUUCACAACUAAUCAAGCAAGCUAUUUCCGAAAUGCAUGAAGAAGGUGACGAAGUUCGGUUUGGAAGUUUAACAGGUAAAGCUUUGUCUUUUUGAAUUGAAUAGUUAUCGAUAAAAACGGUGAAAAAGUUUUUCGUUUACAAAUGCAAAUUAAGCUUAAGUCUUGCGUUACUUUAUUUAGUUGACUUGUUCAUAAAUAGACUUGUAAACUAAAUUUAAUAAUCUUUUUUAUAGAAUUAUUUUAAAUACAAACAGAAUUCACAACUCCUUUUGAAAGAAAGAGCUAAACAAACGCCUUCAAAAGUUUUAUUUGUCCCUAAGAAAAAGCGACGACCGCGGCCGUUCGGUCAUCGCGCGCCAAAAUUGUAAUCGUUGGCAACAGUAAAUGAGUUAAAAAUCAUCAUUUUGUGCUCAAUUAUCUCACUGUUUUAGUAUAUACUAAAACAAUUAUUCACCUCAGUGUCGGUGGCUAGUAUUGGAUAUUUACCUGGCCGCUUCGCGGCCUCGGUAAAUAUCCAAUACUAGCCACCUCCACUUCGGUGAAUAAUUGUUAUUUAUUCUCACUACCUGAACGCCUGGAACAAGCCAGUGGCGGAUCCAGGGGAGGGGUCCGGGAGGGCUGGGCACCCCCUUAUUUUUAGACCAAACUGAGGCCCAAAGAUCCAAAAAAAUGUUUUUUGAGACCGGCCCCCCCACCCCUCAUCUAAGGGUCUGGAUGAUCGGCUCCCCCUUAUCUCAAGGUCUGGAUCCGGCACUGCAAGCUAAUGCCAAAUGGUCAUAUAACUCAAUAUUCUUGACCUUUUCAUAAUCUUUAGGAUGUCUUUGCUCUGUGCACGGUUACAGUGGCUCAUGAGCCAAUUUAAACUCCUGCAGUGGGAAAACAGAGACAUCAAGUACUUCCGAGAGAAGAUGUGCGAUGCCUGCAUUGGACAAGGAGACAAAAAAUGUUCCAUGGAUACCAUCAGCGAAGCUUUCUAUGACUACCCAGGAGCCCUUAAGUGCCUAAGCGAAGAAAAUGGUGAUGUCGCUUUUAUCGAUGGAUACACCUUUGAUAAAGCUGUGACAUUGCAUAGCCUAAACAAAGAUGACUUCGUCCUUAUGUGUCCCAAUGGAACAAAAAUAGACAUUGCCGAUGAUACUAUGAAAUCAAUCAAAGAGUGUAACUUUGGUCGCGUUCCAUCCCACGCACUUGCCACGUGCAACAUGCAUGAUGGGGUAUGGCGAUGGAAGUUGAGCAAAGCUUUACUCGAGGCACAGAAAGUCUUAACCCCGGACAAGAUGUUCGUAGAGAGUAUAUUUGGAAAGGAGACCAAGAGUUUGAAGCCCAUUCCCUUUGUCAACCAGACCUACCAGGUGUGGCUUGGUCCCAGGUUCCUACGCGCUUUAGAGGGCUUAAUGCAACCCCUAGGUGAGUUACUAAAUAUAUAAAUGAAUAAAUAACGAUUUUAGAGGUAGCCCAUUCACAGAGAUGUUCGUCGUCUACCUUUCCUGGUCGAAUUGGAAUUUGGAAAUGUUGGGUUUUGAGAAGAGGGGAAAACCGGAGUACCCAGGGAGAACCUCUGGCGGAGCAAAGGAGAAAACCAAUAACAAACUCAACCCACAUAUGGCGUUGACGUUGGGAUUUGAACCCGGGCUACAUUGGUGGGAGGUGAGUUCUCUCACCACUGUGCCAUUCCUUGGUCUCUUGUUUCCUCUGGUCAUUGCUCAUUUUGAGUUCAAUUCGAGGGUGAGUCUCGGGCGGUCUUGUGUCUAAUUGAAGGUUAGGACUACUAGUACUAGGACUGUUUUGGGAUGUUGUAACUUCUCUCAUUGGCCAUUAAGAAGUUACGCAAUCAAAACAUUUCCAUUGUGCAAUUCGACACAACACCGACCCAGCCUCAAACGUAACCUGAAAAUGGCCAAUUUGGCUUUGCCCUUUGAUCUCGAAAGUACGCGGAGUUCUUGCAGUAUUCUUCUGCAAGCUUCUUUCAAGCCAUUUCAUCGUGUUAACAGUUUUCUUACUCGAUAUAGUAAUCCGUAAACGGUGAGUUGGAUUAAUUGAAUUUCCAUACUUUAGCCAUUAAAUACAGCCGUCUCUCCUCACUCCUGCUUGCCGCUAGAGACUUUUAACGCAGGCUAUUUCAUGCUCAUGCAGAUGGCGUAAGAGUAAAAAUGUAUGUGACUGUGGCAUUUUUUGCAUAAGGCCCUCUGACGUGGCCUCGAAAACUGAAGUAUUGAUACAGGUAGUGCGCGUACUAAUACUAUCCCUCUCUUGCUUCGGCAGUUGAAGAUAAGGAAUGGCAUGAAGUUGAAGUAGUAAUUGAAGACUGCGAGGGUGAGGAGUGUGACGUUGAAGUUGGCCAUCCCACCUGUGACGAGUGUGACGAGGGAGACGACAUGUGCCUGGAAAAGUGCCAAGUUAUGGAUCCCUCAGAGGGUGGCGAUUUUCCUGACGGAAAGAAGAAAAUGUAUCAGAGAAGAAGGCAUGAGAGGAUUAGGAUGACCAGGAAAAAGGGAAUAAGACAAGGACCAUUUUUGCGUUACAAGAAACGAAAGAUGCGCAUGGGAGCAAUGAAGCUUCGCGGAAAGGGACCUCAUAUGAAACCGGAGAUGAGGCCACCAAUGAUGGGAAACAUGGGACCCAUGCGACGAAUGCAGCGCCCUGGUAUGAGACCCAGAAUGAGGCCACCAAUGAUGGGCCAUAUGGGACCAAUGGGACGAACGAAGCGCCCUGGUAUGAUGUCUGGUAUGAUGAGACCAAUGAUGGGCCACAUGGGACCAUCAAUGGGAAAGAUGGGACGCCCACACGGAAUUAUGGACAAAAUGAUGCCCCGCCACAAAAUGAUGACCCCUGGCAUGGAAAUUGGUCCAAUGAUGUACUAUCCCAAAGUUAGAGGUGAAUUCUAUACCAAGGUCUUCUUUAGACGCAACUCCACAUGCAACGCAAUCGUCAGCGAUCUCGUCUGCUAUGGAGAGCGAAAGAACAUUAAAAUUAAGUCUGGACGCGUAGGAAAGACCCUGAUCUCCGUCCCCAUGUGUCCUAAGGCCACAGACAUGCAAGAGACUACCGCCCUGUUUACUUGUGACACCGGUGCCAGCUUCUUGCAUUCAAUCAUGCUCCCUGUGAAAUGCUCGUACGCACCUUGUAAUCUUGGAUUCUGGAUCCCUGAUUGGUCCGAGGAUAAUUACUGGGAUGGGGAAAAUUCAUAUUCCGGGGAUUACUGGGGAACCAAAGACUGGUGGAGCUUCGACGAGCGGGGUGACAAAGAUAACUGGUUUCGAGGCCAGCCCGUAAAGAACCGCAUCCAUAAAAACGAACCAUGGCUUCGGUGGGGAGGAGAACACCGGCGCAAUUUAUAAGAUAAGAACUUGUAACAAAUUUUUUUGUUGCUUCGGGUACUGCAAAUGUAGGACCAACGGACUGGACUUUGGCUAAAGUUAUACGGAAUUCGUUUUAUUCUUUUCAAGGGUGAUUGUUGGAAGUAGCUUUACAGUAAUCAGUAGAAAAAUGUUGCUGUGAUGGACUUUCGCAGGUGUUUUUAUAGGGAUUAAUGGAAGUAUAUGUAGAAUAAUACAAUCUGUGCCAACACUGUCGAGACACUCAUUUGGCCGCGAGAUAUAUAUGUGUAAAUAACAAACCGAUAUCAUCCCUCAGCAGCCGAUCAAAAUUCACUUGGCCGUUGCCACAGGUCACUUGACCAUAGAUUAAACAUUGAACCUGAGGGGAGAGGGGGGAAGGAACUUAAUUUGUGUUCAAAUAUCUUUUUUGGAAGUUUGGAAAGGGGUAUUAGGUGUUCCGUACAGGACAACUUUUCUCGACUAGUUUUGACGCAGAUUCUACCUCGUGUUUAAAGAUAAAAAUUCCACAGAAUCAGAAAAAAAAUUCAAAAAACAGUGAAAAAAAAGAGUGUCACCUUGUUAUAGUUUGAUAUAAGCAUAGUUUAUAUUACGGGAAGUUUACGGGUUUUAUGCAUCAAACCGCUAAAAUUAACCUAGAGAGAUAUUUUUGUAUUAUGUUUCUACUGGAAUAGGAAAAGGUAUGCAUCAAUAAAUCAUUUAGUCUUUGCAUUCGUAGCCUUUUGGUCACUUUUUUGCCAUGUAAAAUGUAAAAUAAAACUAAGGUAUAAGGUGAAUGAGUGCUUCAUCUAGCAGUACGGAGUCUUCGUAUUUUAGUGCUAAUUGAACUGGGUAUUGCAGUCUGCGCUUUAUUUUCUUAACGUAUACCUCUCUAAAGAAGACGCCGACGCUGGUACAUGCCUGUUGAUCUUAAGUUAUUUCCCUUCACUCUGUAAGUAAGACCACAAAACAGUCGUUUCCUUAUUAUUAUUUUUCUCAAAAUCGGUUUUUGAAGGCGCGAAUCGCCGCCUGUGACAGAUUCUCAUACGCGCGGAGCACGCGAGCCUCACACAUUCGUCUAUUUCCGCGUUCUUGAUUA